GGUGGCAGAGAACAAUCAAGUUGCCUUCUCCACCUCUUGUCUGGGAUAAGUGGCAAAGGAGUGGCUAUUGUCUGAGGCUAAUGUCGCUGGCUUUGAAGACAUCGGUGAGUGGGCGAAAACCAUGACCCUGCGAGAAUUUCUCCAAAAAAUCAAGGAGAGAUUCCUCAACAAGACGACGACCGACAAGGCCGUUGAUGAACUCACCACGAUUAGCCAAAAGAGUUGGUCCACUGUCGAUGCUCUAUCGCAUGAAGUUGAUCAUCUCUUGCAGUUACCUGGACUGAAUCUACAAGACAACCAGGUUCUGUACAUCUAUUUGCGCGCUCUGCCUAAGCCCAUACGUAGACAACUUGUGGCAGAGGCAAAGUCAGGGAAGUACAACUACCGACAAUUUCGGGAUCUUGCUCUCCAGAGGGAGCAGAUGACUGCGCAGGUAAAGGGAACCUACGCCAACGUUGUGAGAGGUGGACCAACAGGUAGUUAUGGGAAUGGGAAAAGAGUCAUGUGGUGGAAGAAGUGUCAGGACCACACUCUUGUCGUCUUCGAUGACAAGACUGAUGAGAGAUUGCACCUCGAAGAGGCAGAGGGUGAAGCAAGUGGUGGUUGCGCGGUUCCCACCAGUUUCACAAAUCGCCUAGGCAGGGACUUCAUUGGGUACACUGACUGGUUCACUCUGAUGAAGGACAUAGUCAGUCUCGAGGCAAUAAACUUCAUCUCCACACCAGGCAGCAAAAAGCCCAUGGGCGGCAGGCGGUUCAAAGGCAGCAGCCGCUUUGGUGUGCAUGACCUGCUGGAAGCUGAAGAGGAGGCCGAUGCAGAUGACCCCACUCUUGGUGACGACCAAGAACAUGACACUGAUACAGCCUGUGGGUGCAAGGUCUUUUCCAAGAUCGAUCUAAAGUCUGGCUACCACCAGAUUAAAGUCGAUCCUGCGGACCAGCACAAGACUGUGUUCAAAACACGCGAUGGGCUUUACGAGUUUACCGUAAUGCCCUUCGGUCUCACGAACGCACCGGCCACCUUCCAAAGCCUCAUGGACAAGGUCCUUCGCGAACAGAUUGGUCAGUCCGUGGUGGUAUACCUCGAUGAUAUACUAAUCUUCAGCAAAUCCAUGGAGGAACACCUCAAGCACCUCGAGGAAGUGCUCACUAUCCUCAAGAAAACGCAACUCCAUCUCAACCUAGAGAAAUCUGAGUUUGGGAAGGAUAGCGUCAUCUAUCUUGGGCAUCGGUUGUCUGCUGCAGGCCCAGAGCCUGAGGCAACCAAGGUUGAAGUCAUACGCAAUUGUCCUCAGCCCGCGAACAUCCACGAACUGCGCUCUUUCCUUGGUCUCGUGUCAUACUAUCGGAAGUUUGUGCCCCCCUUUUUUAUUGUUGCUCGCUCGUUGUCUCGGUUAACAAGUAGGAAUGUUCCCCUCUCUUGGGACACCGCAUGCAAGGAUGCCUUUCGAGCUUUGAAAGAAGCCUUGGUAAGUUACCCAGUACUCCGCAUUGCAAAUCCCAAACUGACAUUAGUAGUUACUACGGAUGCAAGUCAGUAUGGAAUCGGCGCAGUGUUGCAGCAAGAUGACGGCGAUGGCUUGCGGGCGCUUGAAUAUUACAACAACCGCAUGCCCAGCGAAAAGGUAGCCACUCCCACCAACAGGCGCGAGCUCUAUGCUUUGCGUAUGGCUUUGGACCAUUGGAAGCACUAUCUUUUGGGACGCCACUUCAAAGUGUUCUCAGAUCACGAGACUCUGAAGUGGAUUAAAGAGCAAACUACCCUGUCCCCUACGUUACUUCGUUGGUUCCAUGAAAUUGACAUCUUUGACUUCGAACUCAAGCACAAGAAAGGCUGUUACAAUCGAGUCGCCGACGCAUUGUCUCGUCAUCCGGAGCACUUGACAUGCUUGGUCAAGUCCUACGAUCUCCGUCCUAAGUUGAAGGAGGAGCUCGUAGAGCAUACAACCAAGGAUCCGGAACUUAGUCCCAUCCUUGAGCGGUUGCGGAAUGAUCCCAGCAGUCUACCUGAUUUUCAUGAGCACGAGGGUCUGAUUUUUCGCCGCUAUGAUAAGCACGACCGCUUGUGUGUGCCCAACCAUGAGCCUCUCCGCACGCACUUUUUGGAUUUGGCUCAUGGCCGGAGUGGACACUUCGGCAUGGCAAAGACGUACGCAAAUCUGCUGAGACAGUUUGAUUGGCCUGGCAUGAAAGGGACUGCUGAAAAGUUUGUGGCUGAAUGUCAAGUUUGUCAACGAAUCAAACCACGCAGACAAAAGCCCAUGGGGCUACUGACACCCCUUCCCAUUCCCGAAGGUCUUGAGGAGUCCGUCUCCAUUGACUUCACCGACUUGGGAAAGGUAAGUAAGAACGGCUACUCACAAGUCAUGGUGAUUGUUGACCGAUUCUCUAAGUUCCUUAAUCUGAUUCCUUUGCCACCUCACGCUCCAACAAAACUAGUGAUCCGUGAGUUCAAACAGAAGUACAUUCUGCAGUUCAGAACCCCGAAGACUCUUGUGAGCGAUCGGGAUCCACGCUUCAUUAGUAUUGAAUGGAAGGACUUCACGUCUCAACUAGGGAUCAGACUAUGUAUGACAUCUAGCCGACACCCCGAAGCCAAUGGUUUGGUUGAGGAGAUCAACCAGACUGUGUUUCAACUUCUCCACGCCUUGAUUAUUCUGGAUCAGGAAACAUGGGAUGAAGAGUCAUAUUCCGUUAAGGGGUUGUACAACAACUCCGUCCAUUCUGCCACCGACAUGACACCCAACAGGUUGCAUUACGGUUGGCAGAUCCGUAAUCUGCUCUCCUACCUAUUCCCUGAGCAGCCAGCUGGAUUAACACUCGACAGGCCUGGCUUCAAGGCCAAGUAUGAUCGCUUGCUCAAGGUUGCCAUUGCAGCAAUGACCACGCGACAACACGCCAUGAUCCAUCAUGCAAACAAGAGGCGCUGACCGUCGGAUAUUCAGGUAGGAAGCUAUGUCUGAGUCAAGAUGUCUGAAUUUUCAGAAGAAGAGGGAGUCUCUCGCAAACUUCUCCCACUCUAUUAUGGUCCGUGGGAAGUUUUGGAUGUGAUUGGCGAAGAUCACUUUGGCCCUUCUUACGUAGUUGAUGUGCCAGCCCAUCUGCGCACAUACCCCGUGUUCCAUGCAUCAAAACUGUACCUCCACCGUGAUGCUAAGACGUUCGAUUAUCGCGAAGAUAUGAUCCCUCAUGCAAUCAAAGGCGGGCAUGAGAUAGAUAGAAUUAAACAACACGUAGGGAAGGGACGCAACAGAAAGUACCAGGUUCACUUCAUGUAUCACCCGUUGGACAAUCUGUACUGGAUUUCCAAGCAGGAAUUGCUACGCAGCGCACCACGCGUUGUUAAAGCCUACGAGCAACAAAUCGCAGUUAACGCU